AUGGCACCAAAGCGUAAGACAUCCAGUGCAACCAUUUCCUCGUUCUACCAACUGCAUGGGUCAUCUGCAUCAAAGAGGCGUCUCUUAUUGGAGGAGGAAGAAGAUGAAGAAGCACGAGAGCAUUCGUCUAGUCAGUUGAGAAGCAUGUCGAAUACUAACCAAGUACCUGUCGGACAUUCUACCACGCCUUCUCUGGAGUAUAUCACCACAAACCUCAGUAAUUUGCAGGCACCAUUUCCACUCUCCAAGACCUCCACACCAGUAACACCAGAGAGCACGCAUAAUAUAGUGCCUCCUCCGCCUCAAGCUAAACCUCCGCCAGGCAGACCGCAGACUUACUUGAUAUUGGGUGCCUCUCGUGGAAUUGGUCUCGAAUUUGCACGACAGCUUCUGCAACUCAAGCAUCAGGUCAUUGCAGUGGUACGUGAUCCGAGCACAGCGUCACAACUCUGGCAGGUGACUGGAAAUCUCAUGUCACGGCCUGGCUCGUGUAUCAUUGAGCAAUGUGAUGUUGGUUCAUCCUCAGACAUAGCACAAUUUGUGUCACGCAUGAGGCUGUUUGUUGAACGUGGUGGUAACAUUGACAGUAUAAUAUUAAAUGCUGGUAUAUUAGACUAUGAGAAGGGUCUUGGAGCUCUCAAUGUCGAGUUCGAUAUGCUGGAAAGACACCUGAGGGUUAACUGUAUUGGAAAUGUCGUUCUUGCUCGGAAAUUGUUGAUGCUGAACCAUCUUCCAGCUGUUCAACAAAGGCGAGAGCAAGAGCAAGCUUUGGACUCAUCGGAUUACGUGCUUGUGGGUCGGCAGGUUGUCUUCAUGUCAUCUGAUUCUGGCUCAAUGGCUGAUUUUCGCGAGUACGAGGACGGCUUCGCAGCAUAUGGUGCUAGUAAAGUCGCCUUGAAUAUGAUGAUACGUCAUAUGGCUGCAGAGCUAAAGCGACGAGCAAAAAACAAGGAAGAGGAGGCAAAGAUAGACUGGCAAUCACGAGGCAGGACAAUCGAAGCAUGGGAGGACGAAGUUUGUGUACUGGCCAUGCAUCCUGGUGAAGUAAGUACAGAUAUGGCAAAUGUUGAGCUUGGAUGGGAAGUCGAGGGGGUUAUUACAGCGGAGCAAAGUGUUCGAGCUAUGUUAGCUGUGCUACAUGACAAGAAGAGUUCACAUAGUGGCACAUUCUGGAGAUGGGACGGUACUCAACACCCCUGGUGA